GUCACUCAGAGUGGGACGGAGUUAUGCCUGUUUGUUAGUGCAGAAGGUGGGGGAGAGUGGGUCGUUGACUUGACACUGCGGUUGCUUGAAUUUAGUUUGGAGCGCAAGAAAGCCAAGAAUGGCGUCAGGCGAAACACUGUAUAUUGAGACCGACGGCUCUGAGAUGCCGGCCGAGAUAGUGGAGCUGCAUGAAAUCGAAGUUGAGACCAUUGAGACUACAGUGGUCGAAGACGACGACGACGAUGACGAUGAGCACCAGCAGAUGAUCGCUCUGCAGCCUCUGGUUUCAGACGAUCCUAAUCAUGUAAACCAUCAGGAGGUGAUUUUGGUGCAAACUCGAGAGGAGGUCGUGGGCUGCGAUGAUUCAGACCUCCAUGCGGACGACAGUUUCGAGGAUCAAAUCCUCAUUCCCGUCCCCGUGCCGGUGGCAGAGGAGGAAUAUAUCGAGCAGACUUUAGUGACUGUGUCCGGCAAGAACCCGUCGGGUCGGAUGAAGAAAGGGGGAGGCAGCGGGAAAAGAGUGGUCAAAAAAAGCUUCUUAAGCUCGGCCGAGGCGAGCGGACGCAAAUGGGAACAGAAGCAAGUGCAGAUAAAAACACUGGAGGGGGAGUUUUCCGUCACUAUGUGGGCAUCGGAUGAUAAGAAGGAUGUUGAUCAUGAGACUGUGGUGGAGGAGCAGAUUAUUGGAGAAAACUCUCCUCCAGAUUACUCCGAGUACAUGACAGGAAAGAAACUGCCCCCUGGUGGCAUACCUGGCAUUGACCUGUCAGACCCCAAGCAGCUGGCAGAGUUUGCAAGAAUGAAGCCACGGAAAAUAAAGGAGGAUGACUCUCCAAGGACAAUAGCAUGCCCCCACAAAGGUUGCACAAAAAUGUUUCGAGAUAACUCCGCAAUGAGAAAGCACUUGCACACUCACGGGCCACGGGUUCAUGUCUGCGCUGAAUGUGGAAAGGCAUUUGUGGAAAGUUCCAAGCUAAAACGACAUCAGUUGGUCCAUACUGGUGAAAAGCCUUUCCAGUGUACAUUUGAGGGUUGCGGUAAACGUUUCUCAUUGGACUUUAACUUGCGCACACAUGUGCGGAUUCACACUGGCGACAGACCUUACGUUUGCCCAUUCGAUGGCUGCAACAAGAAAUUCGCUCAGUCCACCAACCUGAAGUCUCAUAUUUUGACACACGCAAAAGCUAAAAACAAUCAGUGAGGUUGUUUGCUCUGGAAUGAUCCCUAAAGACUCAGUCCGACAGCAGCUUCCUGUGCUCAAACCCACUUUGUAUGUUGUUUCUAGAUCCAUUGUUUCCCCUAAGAGAAUCUCGGCGCACUUAGGGGAAUUAAAAUGUGGAUGAGGACCUGACACCAAACUAUCCCGUCAACCUGAAUUAAAUGCAUAACUUUCCAGUUAUGAGAGUUUCUUCUUUUGAAGAUGUGAUUGUUUUCGUGGACCCUCAUUCACAUACAGUAUAAGAUGCUCAUUCUCCUGAGCCCAAAGAAGCAAAUUUUUCCAUCUGUGUAUCUAUUUCUACCAGUUUGCAAAGACCGCUUUUUAGAUGUCUUCAAAGUGUGCAUAUUGUACACUUUUUAGAGCGUAGAGCUGUUGUGUGUGUGUGUGUGUGUGUGUGUGUGUGUGUGUGUGUGUGUGUGUGUGUGUGUGUGUGUGUGUGUGUGUGUGUGUGUGUGUGUGUGUGUGUGUGUGUGUGUGUGUGUGUGUGUGUGUGUGUGUGUGUGUGUGUGUGUGUGUGUGUGUGUUGUCCCUGAGACUUAAAACCUGUGAAUGCUUUUCUUUAAGGAGAAUGAGAUGCCGUUCAGCUUUUUCAGUGUAAAUAGAGCUUUUCUUUGUGAGGGGUAUCCUGUGCAGGUAUCUCAUUUUGUAUACCUGUCCUGUACAAAUGUUUUGAAAUCAUGUAGAUAAUAGAGAUGUUGAUUAGAUUGUGUUUAACCAAUUAAAACCGUUUUAUCCAGCUUCAGGAAAUACUA